CGGAGAGGAAAAACAGGCGAGGAAGCAGAACGGGCAGGAAUACGAUGAUCGCGGACAUUCGCAAAGCGAACUCCGUGGCCAGCUGUGUUCGAGCCGAAGCGGCGAUCUACCCAGACUCCCCCGUGUCCUCGGCACCGGAGAACGGUCAGCUUCUCCUCCGCAGCGGCGCGUGCACGAGGGGCACGAGCACGAGCGCGUCCAGCGCCAACGCGGACCGAGGCAGCACGGACAGCGCCUCCGCGGCGGAUCGCGCCAUGACCUCUGGGUGCGAAUUCCCGCCGUCUGCGCCGCCCUUCGUCCCGCGUUCCUCCAAGAACCUCUUCUACAAGGUGCUGUGUUUCGCCUUGCUCGUGCUGCAGGGCGGUAUCCUGGACUUCUACCUCAUAGCGUUCACCGACCUGUACUGGUGCUCGUGGAUAGCCACGGACCUUGUGGUGGUCUCCGGCUGGGCCAUCUUCUUCGUCCGCAACGCCAGGAGCAAGCGCGAGCGAGCGUGCGGCUUCCGCCAAAAGAGCUCGCUCUUCGGAUGUCACCUGGGCGAGUUCGCGUUCGCGCACCUCGCGUGGCUCGUCUACGUGAUCGCGUGCGCGCCGAAGGUGGCGCUCGUGCUGCAGACGUCCAUCCUGGAGCUGGUGGCGCGCGAGGUGCCGUUGGGCGCAGCCGGCUUUGAGGCCACCGCGCUGCUCGCCGCGCCGCUGCUCUUCUGCCUCAUUAACUCGCUGGUGGAGGAUCCGCACGGCGCGCCGCGCUACCACUCGCAGAGCUGCUUCGUGAGCACGUGCGUGGACGUGCUGGACAGCUUCACGCUCGUAGAUUUGCUUCUUGUGCAAAACGAGAUCCCCAACAACGCGUACCUCAAGUACGGCGUGAUGGCGGCGUACUUCGUGGCGCUGGCCGUGCCGGUGCUCUGGCUCUACGAGCUUUCCGCCGCCUCGCGGAUGCGCUGCCGCUGGAUGUGCGCGCGGUUCCUGAGCGGCGUGCUGCUCGACGCGCCUCUGCUCGCCGUCAGAUGCUUGCUCGUGUUCCUCUACGACAUGCCCGUGUCACUUUUUAUGUUCAAGAACGUCUUUUUCUUGGCGUGCAAGUGCCUGGAGUUAGUGGAGCAGUGCGCCAGCCUGAGGAGUGUGCGCAGAAUGGCGCGCGGAGGAGACCCGGCCCAGUUCUCCCACUGCGUCUCGGAGAACGACAUGUGCCCACGCGGCUACGUUAACACACUGGCUGUUAACACUCAGCCCUAGAUGCUGCUGAUGCUGCUGCUGCCGCUGCCGAAAUUAAACUGGGACGCGCAUUUACAGUAUAUUCCCAAGAACUCACCAUAUAACCAGCCUUAUGAAACGCCGUCGCAAGACCAACAUCCUCAACAGGUGCUACAACCAAACAAAUCGACGUGCCAGAAUCUCAGAUGGCCGCUACUCCUGAUGUGGUAUACGUGUUUCACGUGGGGCGUGAAAUAAAGGCUUUUCCACAUCCUAUAUAGCAUAUUACACACAAUGCGUCAUAUAGGCUAGAUACACACCAGGGUUUGUCUGCAGGUCACAGAAGGCGUGUAUCUGAGUCCAUUUUUGAAAUGUGAGCAGUUGUGAGUGGGCGUGGCUUUAAGUCUUUAGCUGGGAAUCUUAGCAUUGACGUUGUUAGCCAGUAACCUAACCCAGUGGUUUUCAAAGUGGGGGCCGCCAGGGGGCACCCGGGGGGCCUCAACAAUUUGGUGUGAAAAAUAAAUAAAUACAUGAUUUUUAAUAUAUAUAUAUAUAUAUAUAUAUGUGCAUUACUAUAACAUUUGUAACAAUACAUAUUAAAAUCACAUUUGCUAUACCUAAAUUUCUACUUGCUAAACAGACAAAAUAUCAAUGUAAUUAUUAAUUUAAAAAAGGGGGGGGGGGUAUAUUCAGAAGUCUGUAUUUUUAUUGUGUUUUGAAGACAUCUUGCAAAAGGGGGGCCUCAGUCAAAUGUUAAUGCCAUCUGGGGGGCCUUGCUCUGGAAAAGUUUGGGAACCCUUGACCUAACCUGACAGGAUUUCUAAAUCAGGACUUUAGGUCCAGUUCGAGGAAAACUCCAUCCUGAAACACUUUACACAUGUUUAUAUUGAAAUGUUUAUGUGCUCACUGCUGCGAAUUUGUUGUUUCUUGUUGUAUUUUCCUUAUUCUUGUGAGAACUUGCCACUCUGAAGUCACAAGGUGAUGGUGUUAGGGCAGUUAAAAUAGCGUUUAAUAGAACAAACAUUUUCAACAAUCUCAACCAUAAGUGAUAACUGUCAGAUUUUGCUGUUAAAAACAAAAGAGCAAAAGCUUCUUUCCUCACUCAGCAUGUUCCUGGGAUGUUCAGUGUUAUAUGUUACUAAGAUACUAAACUUGGCUAGAUUAUGAGUGUGGUGGCAUUGACAGCAGGAUUAGCAUGAAAGUUGAAGAUGUGGAACAGUAUCUGUUUGACAAGUCAAUGAAAAAAGUCCAAAUUUAAUCAUAAAAUAAAUCUUUUGCCUCACUGAAAACCACAUAUGGUCAUUCAGGGUGGAUUUUUCCUUUAAUUGCUGACGCUUUCCAAAUAACAUAAGAUGACCUGACAGGAUUUCUUAAGGGGACCUUCUAUUCAUAGAUCUUCAUAAUCUGCACUGUAAACUCUUAACUAGCUAGCUAACACGCACUACCCUGACAGGAUUUUUUCGGGGAUUUACUAAUAUUCACAAGUGUAGUAUUCAUAGUGUUCACUGCCAAUGCUAGCUAACUGGCUAACAAGCUUACUUUGCAGGAUAUCUGAUUGAUGAAAUCAUAAAAUACUCCUAAUUCUUGCAGUGAAUGUCUGUGAGUUCAUAUAUAUAACCUCAAAGACAUAUCUACUCUUCUGAGAUUUGCAGACAGAUCCUACUCUCUACCCAUGUCACGUAAAUAUGAUAUUGGAUGUUUGAUAUUCAGCACGAGUCAGAGUAAUACAUAUUUUAUGUUUUUCUUCUUAUUAUUUUACUUAUUUGAAUUCCAAUAUCUUUUGAACCCCAUGGUAUACAAUUCUAAAAGCAACUGUAAAGGGUGUACAGGACAUUUUGGACAUGCUAGAAUAAUUGGAACACCUGUACACCUGCUCAUUUAUGCAGGUAUCCAAUCAGCCAAUCAUGAGGCAGAAGCAUAAUGCAUGAAAUCAUGCGGGUUCAGGCCAAAAGUUAAUGUUCAGUUAAUGUUCACAUCAAACAUCAGAACGAAGGAAAAAGUAUGAACUCUGUGACUUUAACCAUGGCAUGAUUGUAAGUACCAGAUGGGCUGGUUUGAGUGUUUCAGAAACUGCUGAUCUCUUGGCAUUUUCCCACACAACAGUCUGUAGAGUUUACACAGAAUGGUGCGACAAACAAACAAACAAACAAAAAUAGUGAGCGACAGUUCUGUUGGUGGAAACUCCUUGUUGGUCAGAAGAAAAUGGCCAGAUUGGUUUGAGCUGCCAGGAAGGAUACAGUAACUAAUAUAAUCACUCUUUCCAACUGUGGUGAGCAGAAAAACGUUUCCGCAUGCACAAAACAUCGAACCUUGAGGUGGAUCUGCUACAAUAGCAGAAGACCACAUUGUGCACACGUGUUGUGCAUUCUGAGAUGCUUUUCUGCUCACCACAUUUGUAAAGAGUGAUUAUCUGAGUUACAAUAUACUUCCUGUCAGCUCAAACCAGUCUGGUCAUUCUCCUCUGAUCUCUUUCAUCAACAAGGAUCUGUUUCAGCCUUCAGACCCUACGCUCACAAGAUGGUUUUUUGUUUGUUUUAUGCACCAUUCUGUGUAAAUUCUAGAGACUGUUGCGUGUGAAAAUCCCAGGAGAUCAGCAGUUUAUGAAAUACUCAAACCAGCAACCAAGUCGUGGUUAAAAAAAUGAAUUUUAUAUAUAUAUAUAUAUAUAUAUAUAUAUAUAUAUAUAUAUAUAUAUGAGAGGUCGUGUAUAUAACAGGAUAAGAUGGAUACCAAGUGGGGCUUUUACAGCUGGAUGGAGGGAAUAACCAUGGUAAACAAGCUUCGCUUCCAUUUUUGUACAUCAAACUAUAAAUAGGAACUAAUGUUGUAAAUGUUGGACCACAUACACCAUAGGAUUGGUCUGAGUAAUCGUUUGAGCCAGUCAUAUGGAUUUGUGGCUUUACCACAUACCUAAUCCACAUAGAACUGAGAAAAUUGCAAUUUAAAUAUUGCUUGCUUAACAAAAGCUAAUACAAAAUAAGUAUUGAAUUAUGUCCAAAAGUUGUGCCUCAUUAUUGUCACCUAGUUGCACUCUUUACAGUUGGUUUUAACAUUGUUUGUCAAACAGUUCAAACAACGUUGCAAUUCCAGAGGUAAAAAUUUAUUUUUUUAUUCUACAUUCAAAGUCCAGAAGUUGUGCAUCAUUACUGCCAUCUAACUGCAACUUUUAUAUAGUACUCAAGUAAAGACUUAUUGAUUUCUUCAUUUUCAUCUUAUGGCACUUUGAAGUCAGUCCCUAACUAGCAUCACUGACCUUUUGGCAUGGAUAUGAAAUAUCUAAUAUCAAGCUAACUUCAUAUCAUUAGCCAAGUCCAAUAGGAUGCUAUAUUGGAACUGAGCCAAAUCCAACCUUUCUUCCCUCGACUUCACCGGGUAUAAACCCUCUCUGGUGUGUGUUCAUGAUCCCGAUGGUCAUUAGUGAUGCGUGACUCGUGGUGUUUUUGAUUUGCACUUGUAUUGUGAGGCACUUUAAUGAAACUAUUGAGAAUUUAUUCAUAGUAAUUAUGGAAUGUCACACAUGUGCUGUUAAAAGCAUGAAACGCAUCUAUUACUGACACAACACUACUGACAGGGUAGUAUGUAGCUGAUCACUAGCUGCAGGCUAACGCUCCCUAACAAGAGCAGCUCAAUCUUUCUGUAUGUGAAAACUUCCUGUGUUAAGGCAAAACACUACAGGUGAAUAGGAUCUUUUUCUUUAAAAAGAAAUAAAAAAAAAAUCUUUCAGAGGUAUGCUUACAGGUAUUUUUUGCAUUGGCACAUUUUCAGUAAUGUACAUUUACACAUAUAAAUGUUGCAUACUAAUUAAAGCCUUAUGUUUAGAACAAAAAUAUUUAUUUCACAGUGGAGACGUUCUUUUUACUGAAAGUUUGUUUAAUCAAGAAAAUACCAUAUUUAUUAUUUUUUGAAAAAUGUAUUAUUUUUUGUUGCCAUUUUCAGUAUAAAUUCUAACAUGAAUUCAACAAUAAUUAGCGUUUUGGGAAAUUCCUCUGCAAUAUCCUUCUAAUUAGGGAUAGCAGUGAACUUAAAAUUAAUAAAUGCCGGUCAUGUAGAAACUGAGAUCUUUGCUUCUCAAUGUAGAAUUUUAAAAUUUUUUAUAAAAACAGUUUUAAAAAUGUGAUUUCAUGUGUUUCCAUUGUAGUCAUUAUGGUCUAUAAGAUUUAUAAGACCUUCUUCAAAGUUUCAGAUAAUGUGACCAUGAGUCAAUGAAAAACAGUGAAUUAAACAAAUAAUCAAUACAUUUUAAGUGAAUGUUGUAUAUACAAUUUAUCCAAAAAAUAUUUUUGAAAAAUGACUGUUGUGGCCAAAAUUGUCAUUUCUACCUGUAGUGUCUUGCCUUAAGAAUUCGAGUCAGUUAAGAAAAAGUCCUUAAUUGACAGCAAGUAUUUAACCAGUGCAAAAUUGCAAAAGUUUAGUCAGAGGAGUGAAAUGAAAACAUUCAGAAAACCAAUAUGAUACUCAAAACAAAGACCACGUUGGUCAAAAUGGUAGACUAUCUUUGCCUGCUAGUAAGUGCUGAACUGAAAGAACAAAAUCAUGCGUAUUCAUUAAAAAAGUAGGUUGAGCUACUCUCUCUGAUUAAGCAUGGCAGGACAGUCUGUAAUAGGAUCACAUGGUUUGUAAAUGGAUCCAAGCAAUGAAUUUAGACAUGAAGUCUGUUCUCAGUGUCAGUGCAUACCUCACAUUUAGACUCACAGGUGCGAACUUGUGAAAACGUGUCGGUAAUGGGUGCUAUGCGAUUAGUGGUUUAUUUUCUAUACUAAAAACCUAUAUAACAUUUAAUAGAUAUCAUUGAACUAAUGUGAAGUAGACAUUGUCUCGCAGUUGUUGAGCAGUCAGACACAUUGUCUGUUGAUGUAUUUAAAUGCACUUGUGAAAAAGGUGUCAAAUGUUAAGGACUUGGUGUAUAUUUCAAGUGAAAAUUCUAUGUUCUUUUUAUUUAAAAUGUCAGUGAAGGAUAUGUUAUGGCUAGUAGUUGAGAAAGAAAUACUGCAUUAAUUGUGUACAGUAUGGGCUUGGGAUGAUUGCUAAUACCAUUGGUCAUAACCACAUACUUGUUAACACUUUGUGAAUACCACAAAGUGAGGAAAUAUGUAGCCCAUAGACCUCAUACUUACAUAAGAUUGGCCUCGGCACAGUAGCUGUAUCUCAUUAGUCUCCAUUCAGAGCUAGGCUACCUCUCUGCAUGACCUCAACAUGCUGACAACAAACAACUUGAACUGAACAUUUAGUUCAGUUCAAGUAUUAUAAUAGGUCAGAGGCAGGAAAUAUAAGUAGGCCUGAUCAAAGAAAUGGAAAACCCCAUGUUUUCUAGCUCUUUCCACAGAACUGGAAAACACUGCUUUAAAAACCUGUUUGGUUAGUCUACAGGUUCAAUUACAUUUAGAUAACAAGCAUUUCAAUGACAAGGAAGUGUAUUAGCUGGUAUCCACAAACAGUGGUGGAACAAGAGCGGAAAGAAUCUUAAAGGAAAGUUAAAUAUGCAGGCCGAAAGUGCAUUAUCAAAAAUGGGAUUUUUGUGCCUCACCGUGCAGUGUGAAUAUGUUUAUAAUACAAAUGUAUUCCAUGUUUGAAUAUGUGUAUAUGAGAAAAAUAACACGCAUGUAAAAUGCCGAAUUAAACUUGUGCGUACACCUUCAAAUGUUAUACAGAAGUCCCUCUCACAAGAGUCUUUAUGGGUCUUUUUUUUUGCACUAUAAAAUCCUGACAUCACCUUGUUGUUACAUAAAAUGGCGGAAUUUUACUAGCUAAUCUUAAACCUGGAAUAAAGGGACAGGUCAACCAUUUUAUUUGACAGAUAUGUUUACAAUAAAUUUCACAAAAAAAAAGCACACAACAAAUACAACCAAAGAAGCAGUUUUUUAUUUUAUUUGCAGUUAUUAAUAAAGUACUAUUAUAGUAUUACAUUCAAAACCCCAUGUGAUGGAGAUCCAUUAAUCUGAUUAUACAAAUCUACCUACGAGAAAACUGAGAAACAAAUAAUCUUCAUACAUGUUUGUUUUUACACGGAAAGUUAUUUAUAGUGCAAUGCAUGCAAUGGUAAAGUAAUCAGUAUAUCGUAAAUGACAGCUUGUAGAUUCCCUGUGAUGAAAACCCAUUUUAACCAAAAAGGUUAUGUGCAAUAUUAAAUGUAAUACCUGUUUAAAUGGAAAUCAGUGGACAGAUGUCCAUAUGUCUGUUAAAAUGUCAUUUAAAAUGUUACAAGACUUUUUUCUUUUGCAUUAUCAAGCUCAUGUAAGCACUACAAACAGCAGUUCACAGGUUUCAAAUAAUUGUCACUUGUUGUACCUAAGAAAACAAUAAAACACAUCUACACAAUAUGUGGGUUUCCACUGGUUUCCUGUUGACAACCUGAGAACAAUGUUGUUGUUUUUCAAGCUGUGAAUAUGUGCGUACAUGGCACUCCUGUGUGUACUUGG